CUUCGCGGCCGGCUCCAGGACCUAAGCUCAGAGUGAAAGGCGCCGUCCAAGAGGUAGGAGGCCAGGAGCAGGAGCGGAAGCAGAAGCAGAAGCCGAAGCCGAAGCCGAAGCCGAAUCCUUGUCACGAACUCUGCAGACUAAAGGCGGCUGCGGACCCCUGGAGUGAGGCUAGCAGAUUUGCAGAUUAACCUUCCCUGCUUGAAGAACCUGGAGCUGCCCCACGGGAGGCGACAGCGGGCCCAAAACUAGGCGGGCGAAAAUUGGGAACAAGACGAGCUUCAGCCUUCCGAGCCAGACUUCUAAGGCAACGGCGGCGCGGGCCCCUGACCCAGACAACAUGCCCAUUGCCAGAAUGCGCAUGAGACCCUGGCUAGAGAUGCAGAUUAAUUCCAACCAAAUCCCAGGCCUGACCUGGAUUAACAAGGAGGAGAUGACCUUCCAGAUCCCGUGGAAGCAUGCAGCAAAGCAAGGCUGGGACAUCAACAAGGAUGCCUGUCUUUUUCGGAGCUGGGCCAUUCACACAGGCCGAUACAAAGCUGGGGAAAGGGAGCCAGACCCUAAGACUUGGAAGGCCAAUUUCCGAUGUGCCAUGAAUUCGCUCCCUGACAUAGAGGAAGUGAAGGACCAAAGCAGGAACAAGGGCAGCUCAGCUGUGAGAGUGUACCGGAUGCUCCCACCUCUAACUAAGAAUCAGCGAAAAGAGAGAAAGUCCAAGUCAUCCAAAGACUCUAGAAGCAAGAGCAAGAGAAAGUCCUGUGCAGAUUCCAGCCCCGACACCCAGUCAGAUGGGCUUAGCAGCUUGACUCUCCCCGACGACCACAGUGGCUACACAGCUCAUGCUUAUGCAGAGCAGGACAUGGAAGUGGAGAGCUCCUCAGUCUCUCUGGAUCUCUCCUCCUGUGAUGUCAGCAGCACCCUCCCUGAUUGGCAAGUCCCAAUGGAUAUCAUCCCUGACAGCACCAAUGACAUAUACCCCUUCCAGGUGUCACCGAUGCCUUCCAGCUCCGAUGCAACGGAUGAGGAAGAGGAGGAAAAACUACCUGAAGACAUCAUCAAGCUAAUAGAACAGUCGGAAUGGCAGCAGACUGACAUCGACGGUAAAGGCUAUCUGCUUAAUGAACUCGGCACCCAGUCCCUCUGCAGUAACUUCAGCUUCAAUUUAAAAGAAGAGGAGAGCGAUGUGGACGGGUCAGGAGAGGUUAUUGAGUUGAGUCUACAUCGAGCCUUCACAGAACUAAGGACCCUGGAUGCAAGUUGGAUGGACACAGUGCUGACACCUGUCAGAACACCUAGCAUCCAGGCUAUUUCCUGCGGGCAGUAAUGUGUCUUCUGUCUCCAGAGAGCUCGAGGGCAGCGUUUUGGUGGCUAAUUCAAACAGACCUUGUGGCCAGACCUUGUGGUCUGGGCCUGUUCCCUAAGAAGACUGGCAAUGGGAUUUCAAUGCAUGGCAGACAAACAGUGAAGCAGGGGCUGCAACUCCAUUUCUAUCAUUAGCUUCCCCCCUUUUCACCUCCCACCUGCUGUAUUCUGGGCUGCCCCAGUGGCAGCUGGGAGGUCUAGACAAACGCUCUGUAUCCCAAUGUGGGGGAAGGAAGGAAGGGUCAGUUCAGUCAGGCCUCUUGAUGUGCUGUGCUGGACAAGAGCAUCAGCCAGAAUCACUGGUAACAGUCAUUUGCACUAAAAAAAAAAAAAAAAAUGGCCCUAUUUCAUAAUCGUUUGCACUAAGUGAGCCCUUUUCCCUAAAAACCCUAGGGCUGGCAUGUAAAUGUUUUAAGGCCAGUGAAAUGUGAAGGAAAAAUGAAUCACGUACAAGGUUACUUCCUCCAGACUUUCUGUUAGAGGGAAAACCCUCUCCUGAAUCCUAGUUCACAAACUGGCUGUGAAUAGUUUUUCCUCACUGAGCUAUGUAUACACUAUUUCCUCCUCCCCCCAAAAUCGCUUGACCACCUGCAUUUAUUUAUACUGCCUUUUGAGUCAGUGCCCCCUCCAAUUCUUCAAUAAUAAACUUGAGGAAGUGCUGUGUGCCCCACAGUGCUUGAGAGAAAUGAAUGUGCCUUGGCUUUCGAGUCUGAAAUACCAUCCAUUACUAAGUCAUGUAUGUGAUCCUUUGUACAUAUGUAAAUAUGUAAAUUUGUUUUUAUUAAAAAUGUUUAUAUCAGAAAGUAAA